AUGGGGCCCCCGGGCAAUAGGGGAUCAUGGGGCCCCUGUGUCCUUGCCCACACCCAAAAAAGCCUAUGAAAAAAGCCAAUGAAAGGUACCAGGGACAUCACAUGGGGCCCCCUACUGACCUCGGGCAGUGCCCAAUUGCUCGAAUGGUCAGUCCGCCCCUGGUCAUACAGUAUACAUAUAAAAUAAAAAAUCAUUCCUAUCUAUUCGUUCAUCAUCCGUUUUUUUUUUUUUUUUUUUUUUUUUUUUUAAACCAAAACUUUUUUUCUUAGUUUUGAA